CGUUUCUUUGACAAAUGUCAAAUUUGUAGGCAGGCAAAACGAAACGUAGAGAAGUGUUUUUCUAUUAGUGAAUCUAUUUAUUUUAAUUUUAAAAUACAAUAUUUCUAUAUAUAAGUGGUGUAAAAACCAUGUUUAAUUUAUCGUUAUUAAGGCAAUUUUCAAGGUUAGCAAUAUGUCCCGCUACAAAGAUACCUAUUAGCAGGAGAAAUAUAACCACAACUGCAGCUGUACAGUUUAAAAUUACAGAUCAACUAUGGGCAGAACCAAUGAAAAAGAAAAAGAAGAUAGAUCCAGCAAUUGUGAAAGCUCGUGAGGAGAGGCGUCGUAAGAAACUAGAGAAACAGAUCAGAAGGUUGGAGAAAAAUGCUAGACAGUUGAAGCCCAUUGAUGAGAUGGAAGUACCUCUUGAGCUGCUUGAUAACUUCAGCAAACGAAAGAGGCCGCAGCCCAAGUUGUCGGCAGAAGUGAUAGAGGCCCGUGCACUUCUUCAAAAGGACUGGGCAAGGUACAAGAGAGAGGAAUACAUGGCUAAUGUGGCUCAAGUGGACAGAAUCAUGAGGGCACAGCGGAGAGCCUUGGAUAAAUUGCUUGAAGAGUCUGAAGAUCUAUAUAAUGAAGCUAUUAUGCCCGACUUGCAGUUGAUUCCCUACGAGGUGAGUGGCACAGUGGCGACACCUGCUAUUAAGGACUACGCCACACCUGACGGCGAAUACAUUGAUGUAUCUAAGAAGUGGGACAAUUAGUGUACACUCUACUCUAGAUAAUAAUAUGUUAGUGUAAUAAACGUUAUGUUAUAAACUGUG